UCAAUUAACAAUUAGUGGAACAGACACAGUACGUGCUGAACAUUGAUAAUGUUGCUUAAAUAUUUACUACUUUUGUGUGUUUUGGUGUCAGGUGAUGUGAAAGUGUUUGCCGAAUCUGAUUUGUAUACAUAUGAAGAGCAGCAGUGUCUUCUAAAUGGAGGGAUUUGUGUUGAAUCUCGACAAUGUCCGUAUAAAAAUCGUCUACGUACUCAAGAAGUAGUAUGUAAUUCCGUAUCUGUAUGUUGUGACUCUAUUCCUCCAUCGCCAAUAUGCCGUCGAAACGGAGGCGAAUGUAUUACUACAGACGGAUGCCGAAGUGGACUCGCAGUUGACAGGGCGACCGACUGCGAAGAUGGACAGAAAUGUUGUAUUUUGGUGCAAUAAAUUACUUGGAUAUUUUU